AUCUAAGUUCUGAAACUGUUAUAUAUUUAUAAUAAUUUUAAUAAAAAACAAUAUUUAAAAAAAGAAAAAAGAAAAAACCAGAAAAGUAAAACAAAUCAACCCUAAAAUCAGAUUUCCCUCGCAACUUCGUCUUCAACGCACGCCACCCAUCUUCUUCUUCCCAUUUCUUCGACUAAGCAACGCCGUCUAUCUCCCUUACGCUGUUCGCCGCUGACUAUCCUCGCCCCGCCUCCGCCUUGCCUUCCCGCCGCCGAAUUCCUGAAUUCACUUCUAAAACUCAGAUCCAGCACUUGUUAGAGCUUUAAAAAUUUGAUUGAAAACUAUGCCACACCGAACACGACCUAUGACUGCGCUUCUUGUAUUUACUGGUCUCAAUGUUGUGCUGGUGUCAACCAUCACUCCAGUUUAUGAUUUUGUGUGCUUUCAUCCAUACUGGGAAAGAAGGAGGGAACGGCGUCGGCAGCAACGUGAAGCUGCUACAGGGAAAGAGCUUUUAUCUGACAGAUGAGCAUCUGCAAUACCUUAGGGGUUGUACAUUGUAUCAAAGUUUCCCAUACUCAAAUCUUUUUAGGUGGGAUUUUCUCUUAUCCUUUCCAUCAUUCAAGAAAUGAAGAUAAGAAUGGGAUAAGAAAACCCUUUGUUUGCCAACUGCAGGAUUUAUUGUCCACUGAUUGCAAGAUUGUUGGAAAAGACUUAGAACUGGACCAUUAGAUUCAGAAGCUGUCCUGAUUGAUAUGUCAUAAUCAAACUACCUUCUCUUCUAUACUCAUUUCUUUUUCUUUUUAUUUUGUUAAUAUCUGCUUUGCUUGAGCAGUUUGCUUUUCCAAUGAUACAGAUAGUUUACACAAAGUUCAUAUGUUCUUCCUCAUGGUCUUUUGACAAAAUAAGUCUGAAAAUGAUGUUUUUACUGUCUAUAAUCACUACCUUACAGAUUCAUUCUCUUCCAUGUAUAAUUGUUCCAUUCAAGUGAUGAUGUCUUGGGACGAAAAUAGCAGGUUCAUUUUUUACCUAUAUAUACAUAUUGCGUUCUUGUAGUUUUAACUUCUUACCGUUUCGUAAGUGAACACUUGCAUCUUUGUGAUUCGGAUGCUAAAUGUACUUGUUUUGCUGUGACAUCAAAUUGGAGGUUUGUUUCAAAUUAUGUUGAACUGUAAGGUUGUAUUUGCAAAUAAGAUAUCGAUGGGACUUUUAUGUCGUUUAUCACCACAUUAUCAAACUACAUGUACUUGUGUAAAAUUAAUAUAUAAGCUAGAGAGAAUUUGUAA